AUGGGCAUGCCAAGCGAUUUUUUUGACCUUGCAGCCAUCGUCAGUGUGGGCGAGGAGAUUGACAGUCGUGUCACUUUGCGCGUGCUGUCUUGUCUUCCAACCUUUUGUGCCGGCUGGCCAUUGGAAACAAGCAGAGUACGCUCGGUGUUCGAUUUUCCCUUUGCCGGGAACAUUGUGCUUUCAAUGAGCUCCGAUGCCAUGCAUCAGAAGACAAAAGGGCGGUUCAAACCUGCCUGGAAGUUUGAGCGGCAAGCCCCUGCCUGGGAGAUCAGCGCCGCCUUUGCCUCGAUCGACUCGAACGCCUCCGGCACAAUCGACCUUGAAGAGGUUGAGAAGCUCCUCCAGCACCCGGACGCCGCACGCCUCCUGGAGGGGCGCGCCGCCAAAAACAUCCUGGAGGAGAUGGACCGGAAUGGUGGCGGUGUGGUUGAUUUCAAGGAAUUCCGGAGCGCGAUGAUGGGAGAUCCCAAUCUGGAAUUUCGGCCACCACCGUUGGUGAUGGACUCUGAGGAUGCGCUGGCCCUACCAUCUCCAGCAUUAUUGGCCAGCGCGGCCACCAAUGCAGAUGAACCGGAGUGCUGA